CGCACGCAGCCAUCGGGGGACCGGGACAGGCGCGCAGAGCCCGCGGGCGCGCGCGAAGGCAGCAGACUCCCGCGGACCCGCAACAGUAAUGGAGUACAUGAGCACCGGAAGUGACCACAAGGAGGAAAUCGAUUUACUAAUUAAGCAUUUACACGUGUCCGAUGUCAUAGACAUUAUGGAAAAUCUUUAUGCGAGUGAAGAGCCAGCUGUUUACGACGGCAGCCUCCUGACCCUGUGUCAGGGCAGCAACCACAAUGAGGAGCGCUGCGAGUCGCUGCUGCGCGGCGGCGGCCAGGAGGUGCCCUGGCUGUCCUCAGUCAGGUAUGGCACGGUGGAGGACUUGCUGGCCUUCGCAAACCACAUCUCCAACACUGCCAAGCAUUUUUAUGGACACCGGCCACAAGAAUCUGGGGUGCUAUUAAAUAUGGUCAUCACCCCCCAGAAUGGGCGCUAUCAAAUAGACUCCGAUGUGCUUCUCAUCCCUUGGAAGCUGACUUACAGGAACAUUGGCUCUGAUUUCAUUCCUCGGGGUGCCUUUGGAAAAGUGUACCUCGCACAAGAUAUCAAGACCAAGAAAAGGAUGGCGUGUAAGCUGAUCCCAGUAGAUCAGUUUAAGCCUUCAGAUGUUGAGAUCCAAGCUUGCUUCCGGCACGAGAACAUCGCUGAGCUCUACGGCGCAGUCCUCUGGGGGGACACCGUCCACCUCUUCAUGGAAGCGGGCGAGGGCGGGUCCGUUCUGGAGAAGCUGGAGAGCUGCGGACCGAUGAGGGAAUUUGAAAUUAUUUGGGUGACCAAGCAUGUCCUCAAAGGACUUGAUUUUCUACACUCCAAGAAAGUGAUUCAUCAUGAUAUUAAACCUAGCAACAUUGUUUUCAUGUCUACCAAAGCUGUCUUGGUGGACUUCGGCCUAAGUGUGCAGAUGACUGAAGAUACCUAUUUUCCUAAGGACCUCCGAGGGACUGAGAUUUACAUGAGCCCAGAGGUGAUUCUGUGCCGGGGCCACUCCACCAAAGCCGAUAUCUACAGCCUGGGGGCCAUGCUCAUCCACAUGCAGACGGGGACCCCGCCCUGGGUGAAGCGCUACCCUCGCUCAGCCUACCCCUCCUACCUGUACAUUAUCCACAAGCAGGCGCCUCCGCUGGAAGACAUCGCUGAAGACUGCAGUCCCGGCAUGAGGGAGCUGAUUCAGGCGGCCCUGGAGAGAAACCCCAACCACAGACCCCGGGCCGCAGAUCUGCUCAAGCACGAAGCCCUGAACCCCCCCAGGGAGGACCAGCCGCGCUGCCAGAGUCUGGACUCGGCUCUGUUCGAGCGCAAGAGGCUGCUGAGCCGGAAGGAGCUGGAGCUUCCCGAAAACAUUGCUGAUUCAUCCUGCACCGGCAGCGCGGAGGAAUCCGAGAUGCUGAAGAGGCAGCGCUCCCUCUACAUAGACUUGGGGGCCUUGGCCGGCUAUUUCAACCUUGUCCGGGGCCCCCCCACACUGGAGUAUGGCUGAUGGAUGGCUUCAUGUCUGUCGACUGUGAGCACUCUGCGAUUUCCUACUGGAAGAUGAUGCAGCACACACGACACGGGGGCUCCGUCGUCGAACUGCGCUGUUUAUUAGCCUCGCACUGCGACCCCAGGGAUGGAUGGGCUCCGAGCACCCCUGCAGAGGGAGCUUUCGGGGCUCCACCAGUCCACACUCAGUCUGCGGGUUCUUCUUUCUCAGGGGUGUGACUCACGGGAAGAGUCCGUAGAAGGACCGUUUGGGGUGACUGGUUCCUCUCACGUUGCACUUGGUUCCCAUUUUUAAUCGCAAAGAUAAUAUAUUAGCCUGAAAUCAUCACCGUUCUCGGUUCUCAUUUAAGCGUGGGGUCUUUUGUUUUACUUAGAAUAGUCGUUGGAUGUCAGUAUAUCAUUCACUCCUUGAGCCUUUGAUGGUAGAUUCUAGAACAAAUUGAAUGCCUUACACUGUCCCCCCCGCCCCCCAGUAUAUAGAAGAACUUGAGUAUUGUGGCAAUAAGCUGAACUAGUGUCUGAAAAACGGCUAACUGGUGAGUUAGGUGCUGCCCGACCGACCGCACGUCUCUUGUUAUGUUCCUAUGGAAACAUUUUGUACUGUACGGGCUAUGCUUAGGACAUUUAAAACAGGACGUUUUGAAUGUGGAUAAAACUGUGUAAAUCACAUAAUUUCUGUACAUCCCAAAGGAUGAGCAUGUGACCUUAAAGGAAAAGCAGGAACUUUCGUAAAUUCUUAGUGAUGCGACUUCUUUUGUAAUUCCUUCAACUCCGACUCGCUCGCUCUGGAGCAUUGGUAUAGGGAAAGGGCAUACUGUGUAUGUUCCGUAUCAAAUGCUUUCACAAAACUAU